GGAGCGCGGCGGGGCCCGCCCGGCGCGGGGGCGCGGAGAGGGAAGCGGGGCGGGACUGGGGAAGGUCCCGGCGUGCCCGGCCCCCGCCCGCUCUCCCGCCGGGCGCCGCGGCCGCAGUUACUUAGCGGUUGGGAGCGGGCGCUGGCUGCGGCUUUCUUUGCCGGGGAGGGUUUGCCGCCGGAGUGCGCGACGCGGCCGCUCCUCGCCUCGCCAUGUCUAAGGAAACGAAGAAGCCCUUCCGCCAGAGCAUGGCCGAGUGGCGGCAGUUCAUCUACAACCCCAGCAGCGGCGAGUUCCUGGGGCGCACGGCGAAGAGCUGGGGAUUGAUCUUGCUAUUCUAUCUGGUGUUCUAUGGCUUCCUAGCAGCACUCUUCACAUUCACAAUGUGGGUUAUGCUUCAGACACUGAGCAGUGAUAUACCCAAGUACCGGGACCGGAUUUCUAGUCCAGGACUUAUGAUUUCACCAAAGCCAGACACUGCAUUGGAAUUUUACUUUAACAGGAGUGACAGCCAAUCAUAUUCAGAAUAUGUUACUACACUUCAAAACUUCCUUGAAUCCUAUAAUGAUUCAAAGCAGUCACAAAACAUAGACUGUACCCGGGGAAAGAUCUUUGAUCAGAGCGAUGCUGCUGUUAAAAAGGCUUGUCGAUUUAACCUCUCUGACCUUGGCCAGUGCUCUGGGAAGGAAGAUGCAAAUUUUGGCUAUUCUAAAGGAACUCCCUGCGUGCUUGUGAAAAUGAAUAGAAUAAUUGGAUUAAAGCCUGAAGGAGAGCCACAUAUAGAGUGUACCCCUAAGGAUGAAGGCAUGGUUAACAUAAAUUAUUUUCCUCCUAAUGGGGCAAUGGACUUGAUGUACUUCCCAUACUAUGGGAAAAGCUUGCAUGCUCACUAUUUGCAGCCUUUAGUGGCUGUUCAACUAGCAAUUACCCCCAACGGUACCAAAGAAGAAAUAACAAUUGAGUGUAAGAUCCGGGGCUCACCUAAUUUAAAAAAUCAAGAUGACCGUGACAAGUUUCUGGGACGAAUUGCCUUCAAAGUUCUGAUGUCUGAAUAGCUGGAGUAAGCACUCUCCACAAAGUAAAUGUUGUGUUGUCUGUUUUGUAUCAGCUGGACAUGCCAUUCUAGGAUAUGAGACCACCUUGAGGAAUGUUACGGUGGUUUAUGGCGUUCAGGGUAGCAUAAUAAUAUGCUUCCAAAUUGUAUGUUUAAAUUCCCUUAAAAUAAAUGCCUAUCCUGCUUUUUGCCUGCCCUGUUGGAACAGUGUACAGACUAUAGUUAUGUCAUAGGGACCUGUAAAUAGCUGUUUUCAAACACAUAAUAAUGGUGACCUUUGUCCUGCUCUAAAAUGUGUUUUUAUCCUCCAAGUGAGUGUCUCAAGCUUCAUGUGCUGUGCUCUGUAAAUAUUGUAUUGGUUUAACACUGGUUUAACUGUCAUAUCUCAAUGCUGACACAGUUUAGAGGGAUAAAUAAUAAAUGGUACCUGAUUGACAUAGUGAUUUCUUGGUAAGAGUAAACACCUCCAGCAUAAAUUGUGUGUAUGGGAGUGGGUGGGUCAGUGGAUGGGUGGCUGUGUGGCGAUGCCUUAAAUUGUAGACUGGGUGGUGUGGGAGAACUGAAGUGGAUUUUAAGAGUUGGUAUGAAUACCUGAAAGUAAGUGCUCAACUAGUACUUUCUUGUGCUUGUCACUGUGCAAGUAUUGUGUACAUGUAAUACUUGGUAUAGAGUUUGGUGUUGUAGAUGAGGAAUUGAACCUUUCUUUGUGUUGUUAAUUGCUUGUAAUAUGUGGAGCACAAAUAAAAUCUACAAUAUUUUGAAACUUUUUAGUUCAGAAAUAUCAAUAGAAAACAAUUUAAAUAGUUUAGGAUCCUGGUAACAGUUGUACAACAGAGCUGCUUGAAAGAAGUGGCCUCACUAUUGUGGGAAUAGGCUUUGAUUUUUCCAAUUUAAAAAAUUCUGGAAGAAACUCUGUUUAAGUGUUUAAGAAAAAAAAAAAGGAAAAAGAAAGGAUUGUCCUGAUUAAAACUUCUUGUUUAAUUUAUAUAUGUUUUGUCGCAUCAUUUUAACAUCUCACAUCUUCAUCUGCUCUUUCAUCUUGGACUUUCUGUGUAUUUCAUCAUCAUCAUCCAUUUAGAAAAUUUAUGUCAUCAACUGCUUUGUAGAAAUACCUUGUUGACUUGGGGUUAAUUACUUGCAGUGUAACAUAAAGUGCAGCUGCUAAAAUGACAACAACCAGACUGGUUUCCUUGUGACUGCUGCUCACUUUGAGCCAGGCUGAGCCAUGCUAUUGGGCUGACUUGGGCAGUUGAAGUGACAUGCAAUUUAUAUUACUCUUCCCUAAGGUUUUUGUGUCUUUCAGUCUGGGGGGGCUGGGCUUGAGCUCAUGGUUCACAUUUUGAUGUCUUCCCAAUAUUAAAGACCACAGCAAAUCUGCAUUUGUGUAAAUACCUGUAUGUUGUGCUAGUUAGGCCCAAAUUUGUUACUUAACAACUUUUAUACCUAAUUAUUACAGUGGUUUUUAAUAUUUUAUUUAAACAAAUUAAAUGAAGGAUUUCUAAAAUUCAAGAUCCAGUCUUAAUGCCCUGCUUUAAGUUUGGGGCCAGUCUAAGCCACAUUAGUGAAAAACUUUUAACAGCUGUGCAAGCCUACACUGAUGCACAGUUGGAGGAAGCUGCUCUUAAUGGGACUUGAACAGUGUCUUAAACCUCAUUAAAAAUAGAUUUAUAUUGAUCUGAUACCAUUCAGCAUGCUUUUUGUUGUCUACAAAAGAAAGUUGUUGUUACUACAAUAGGCAAUGAAUAUUUUUGUAAUAAUGGCAUGCGUUAAUACUGAAUGAGAUGUUCUUUCAAAAUAUUCCAUUACUAAUGUUUUAUGAUGCACUUUUAGAGCUGGGAUACCUGGCUUCUUGAAGAUAUGACUAAUUGCUUCUCCGUGUAUUAAUACUGCCUGAAAGUAUUUUAAUAGUUGUGAGGGACCUUGAGUGUAGCUGUUGCAUCUGACAGUGAAAAGGACUAGGUUAAUGUAAAAGCUUCUCACAUUUGUGUUCACUUAGGAAUGGUAAGAAGUUCUGGAGAAACACUCAGUUUUCAAAUGAACUUGUUUUUUGCAACAAUUUCUCUUUUGACUUAUCUUGUCUAUAGACAAAGCAUGAAAUGGCAACUUUUCACCAGCACUUUUCAGACAGGUAAAACUCAAUAAACUCCUGUUCUCCCUA